GAAUUCACGCGAGUGUUCUCGCGAGAAAGCGCGGUUUCGCCGGGCUGGGCCAGGGCGGGCGGCGCGCGCACUCUUUUACCUAGAUAUUAAAAUCAAAUAAAAACACGCCUUCAUAACAAUUGAUUGUUGUGCCAACAGUGCGAGUGCGGUGAAGUGAUCCUUAAAUGUAAAACGCCCUACAACAGGAGAAAAUUGUCUGGCAAGAUGACUGUAGUUGUCAAUCCAGCGAGGACGGAGGAGGAAGAUAUCGGGUCACCUAUCCCCCCUAACUCUCACCCAUUGGAUUUACCCUUGGCUUCAACACCUGAUGAUCCUAUGAUCAGUCCUCAAUAUGUCGAUUAUAUCAGUCCCACUUCUGAUAUAAUAGAAAAUGAGAGCAUAGAAAUUUCUCCUGAAUCUCCGCCUAACUUGUACGAUGAUGAAACUCAGAGUGACAUUGUAUUUGUAGCUGGUAUAAAUGACGACACAUAUCGCUUCCCUGGUCAUCGGCGAGUCCUAGCUGCAACCAGUCCUGUCUUCGCAGCUCUACUAUCAGCUAAAACCGACGUUAUAGUGGUCGAUUAUAUUGACCACAGAGGAUUUGAGAAUCUACUCAGAUACUAUUAUUGUGAGCCCACACAACUAACAACUGUACACACAGCUAGAUCAACACUCGACGCUGCUUACAAAUUUUUAUGUCCUCAACUUACUGAACGAUGUGCACGUAAGUUAGACGAAAUGUUGGACGCAGAAGUUGCACUGGAUAUUAUACGAGACUUACGAUUCUUGUGUGCUAGAUUGCCAGGUGCCGCUUCUGCACCACCCUUGCCUGCCUUGUCGGAUGAUAGAGCAGCUCGAUCGCUCGCCCAAUGCGCGAGUUGGUGUGACAUGUUAGCGCAUAACACUCUCCUUGUAUUGGACGAUAAUGCUGAUGAUGCACUUCAACAUGAGAAGCUUGAAGAUCUCACAUAUGAGGACCUCGCGCUAGUUGUUAAACGAGACACUCUGAGAGUAUCGAAUGAACUGGUUCUGAUCGAAGCUUUAUCACGCUGGAGUACAUCUAUAUGCAAAAAAUACAAACGAGAGUUGACACCUGCCAAUAAACGAGCUGCAUUAGGAGAGCUGUCAUAUUGCCCACGAUACCUGCUACUUCAAGGCGAUGAAUUGGAACGCGCUUUCGGAUUUGAGUUGUUAGAGCCAAUGGAAAGAGCUCUGGUAUUGGCACGAGCGAGGAAAUUAUCAGCACCAAUUCCUGUCGGAGCACAUCAAGAGAAUUUACUUCGCCGUUGGGCUCGACCGCGUCCAAAGGAUCCGGCGGCAGCCCCUGUGAAGCUAAGCCCUCGUUCUGAACCAGAUCCUGAAGAGCAACAACCCACAAAGCUCUGUGGUCGACGCCCGAAACGUCUUAAACACCCAAAAUACCAAAUAGAAGAUCCAAACCUUUACAAUACUUAUAAAAAACGACGAGGAUGUUGCGCAAAAUUUACUGAUGGAUUACUCCGAGCAUUUAUUUGUUUAUUUGAUUGAAAAUUUACAAUAUUUUUUUUUGGGAAUUUACAAUUCAAUGUGUAGCUAUUGAAACGAAUAGAGGUAAAGAAUGUGGAAAUAACCAAAUCUAUGUAGUAAACUAAACUAAUAAAAUUAAUUAUUGGUAGGAUAUAGUAACUUCUAGUGCAAAAUUAUUUUUGUACUUUGUAAAAAUACUUGACAUUUCUAACCUCCAACGUAGAGAAACUACCAGAUAAGAAUAAAAUAUUUUUGGCUCUUAUCACACAAUAAAACCUCAGGUUUAAAAUUAUAUGUUAUACAUUAUGCCUCUGUAUGCUUAAAAAGCGUAAAAUCUUUAUAGAAAAAAUAUAAACGAAUUAUUUGAGAAAAAAUUGUAUUUCCCGUUUGCAUGCGUUAUAUUAUCGUAAAUUAAGGCAUAACUGUAUGCUAUAUUGAUUGAGUUAGUCAAUUUUAAAACCACAAGAAAUACCAAUUGUAGAACAAUUUGGGUGAUUUCGUUUAAUCAACUUUUAAAAAGAUAAUUUUAUUAUUAUUAUUACGAUAAUGCACAAAGCUUUGAGCGAAUGCCUGUUUAAAAUGUUAACAAAUUAUAAAAUGUUAUUGCAUUUAACAACGACUAUAGUUAAACAUUUUGUUGCUAGUACAUUCUUAUUAUUUUUCAUUGGUGUUAAUUCUGAUGUGUUUAAAUGAAUAUAUUAUGUAAUAUUUUUCAUAAAAAUUCGACGAUAAAUAUUCGUUAUUAGUCAUAAUAAUUAUACGAAUGUAUUUGUUUAGUAAAUUUCCUAAAUAACAAAAGCACUGUUCCACAACUCGCUUAACUUAAGCCUGGACCCGUACUCUGUAACUUCCAAUAAUGACAGAAAUACCGAAACCGAAGUUUUCUUAAUAGACGUAGCGCUGAUCUCAAAAACAUUAUUGGUAUAUAUACAUAUUUAUGAAAAUAUUAUGUAUGUAUACAAAAUAGUGAUAAGUUUACUAGAGUAGAACAUACGCACAAUGUUAAUACUUGGAACAAACGCAGGCUGCAAUUUCCUCGCACUAGACUAUCUAAACUUAGUAAUUCUUUUUUUGGGAAAAGAGAUACACUGAAAUUCCAGAGGCUCUUUUAUCUCUGCCUUUUAAUAAAUUUAAGAAAUGUAUUAAAUAAAAGCUGUGUAAAAAGGCUUACUACAAAGUAACGAUUAUAUAGUUGAUAAAAAGGUCUGGGACUAGGUGCUAGACAGGCUACUUCUAAUUAAUUUGCAAUAUUUGUUUUAAAGUGUUGUUUGAUGAUUUGCUUUUUUAAAAGAGUACCGAGGGUUUUUUUACGCCUGAUUUUUCUCUCGGCCUGCAU